AUGAUCGGUAGUACUGCUCGUCAUAGGGCAUUAGCCUAUCGUGAUGUCCCUGCGGGCUCCACCGUUGAUACCUCGAUCACCACGGAAGUGUUAUUAACAUAUGACGUAGAGAAUAUGCUGAUAACAUUCAUGGCAAUUAUCGCUGGUUUGAUGAUACUGUAUCUAAUCGCCAUGAUCGUGAUUCGAGUCCAUUAUAAGGCAUGUGCUGAAGAAAUGCUUCAUGAAUUAGAAACACAGCACCAGGCCAAGAAAGGAAAGACCCCAUCACCAUUCGCAAUGACAAUGCGUAAGGAUGAACAGGAAAAAGAUGAGUAUGUACCAGUGAGUAAAAUGCGAGAUGGCCAUCAUGCACUGUACUGGAAGGGUGAUCAGGUCGCAGCCAUUCUUCACCACGCAGCCCUGGCUCCCGUCUUACCGACACUUGAACAACCUGAAAAGAAUGUGGAAAUAUCAAAUUAUCGAAAUACUAAUGCGGCCGUUAGAGGUUGUGACGACAUCUCCAGACUUAUGCUAAUCGGCGACUUCAUCCUUCUGGGCAACCGCUUGCAGGAACAAUUCCCGAAAGGGCGAAACGGAUUGCUGUACUUCCGAUCGGAAACCGUAGAGCUUCAAAACGUCCUAAAACUCAUCUCAAGUUCCCACACUACGGUAAUUUCUGAGUUUUGCCCAUUACCGCCUGAAACGGCUAUUGUUAGUCGUGGUGUUUGCUUCCGUCAGAGCAAAAAUUGA